AUGUCUUCACCAGUCCGUUAUCAGUUCCUCCCCGGCCCAGUGGGAGAAAUGCUCCGCUCCGCAUCACUCGCAACAACCGCCACCAUCCCAUUAUCAGGCUCUCUGGUCAUAACUACAGGCCAUGUCGGGGUGGACAUCAAAACAGGUCAACUUGUCACUAGCUCUGUGGAAGCCGAGUUCAACGCAGUGUUUGACUGCCUUGACGCAGCUCUGAAGAAUGCAGCCGUUACCAACGGUCUCGCUUCAGCUCAUAAGUUGGUGGCUUACUUUACCCGAGCUGAGGAUGAGGCAAUCUUGCUGAGUAUCUUUCGCGAACGGUACCCGGGACAUACUCCGACCUUGACCUCGGUUGUUGUGGCCGGGCUUGUUAAUCCGGGCAUGCAUGUUGAAGUACAAGCGGAGGCCAUCGCUGUCUAG